AUGGCUUUCGAAAUUGUUCGUCAAGAGUGUAUGAAAAAUCCUGAAGGACGUAGUCGACCAUGUAAUCCUGAGGAGAUCUGUGAGGUGCUUGAAAAUAAUCAGGGAAGUGAUGCGAUUCAAGGCAUAAGUUUAGAUUUGUCUCAAGUUGGAGAUUUACAGUUGAGUGCUGAUGUCUUUAGAAAGAUGCCUAAUUUAAUGUUUCUGAAAUUCUAUUCUGUCGGGGUUAAAAGAUCUUGUAGUGUAAAACUCCCUUCAGGGCUUGAGUCAUUUUCCAAUUCAUUAAGCCACCUUAAAAUAUUAUGGAACGGAGUAAAGAACUUUGGGAAUUUAAGGGAGAUAAACCUUGCUGAAUCUAAACAAUUGACGGCGUUACCAGAUUUCUCGGCGGCUCAAAAUCUUAAACAUGUUGAUCUUUGUGGAAACAUAAAGAGUUUGAAGUCUGAGAAUCAGUUAAAAUCUCUCGCAAAGCUAAUUGUCGUCGGCUGCUAUGGUCUCAAGGAAUUUUCAUUCUCUUCAGACAAGAUAACUUAUUUAGAUUUACGGCCCACAAGUGUCGAGAUAUUGGACUUUUCAACUGGGUGUAUGGAGAAACUCCAGUACCUCGUUCUCAACUGCUCAAGACUGAAAUAUCUUCCAAUUAAUGACAUUUGUUGCAUGAGACGCCUUCAGAGUCUUGUUCUUUAUGAUAUUGGAGGAUUAAUUGACAAAUCAAAGCUCCAUAGCUUAUUUGAUGCUUUGCUAUCUCUAAAAGUAAUUCAUUUGGAUGGAGCAUUCAAAUUAACUGAUCUUCCAAACAAUACCAAACAUCUCUCAAGGCUACGAUGUCUUUGCGUAAGCAAUUGUAAAAGCCUUCAAUCUUUAUCAGAGCUUCCACCAUCCAUCGAAAAAUUAGGUGCCUACGAAUGCUCAUCAUUGAGGACACUACAACUUACUUCUCAUUUUGAACCUUCAUCGUUGGCAGAUAAAAAAUUGUUGGGUCCAACACUCUGUUACUCAGUUAGUUAUCUUAGAAAUCUUCAACGGCUUACUCUUAAAGGUUGUGAACAGUUGUAUGAACUCCCUGAAUUCAUGGACUCCUUAUCUUCAUUAUCUUCAUUGGACUUGAGUGAAAGUAAUGUGGAGAGUUUGCCUGCCAGCAUUAAGCAUCUUUCAAAUCUAAAACAAAAUUUUCUUGCGGGAUUGAAGAAGACUUCGUUCUCUGCCAGAAUUGCCGCCAUUCCUCGAAACUGUUGA